UCGGUUCCCAAACUCCGAACUCGAGUAUUAUACUCGAUGGCACUAAUUGUCUAAGGUACUAGUUCAAAAGCGAAAAUUGUAAGUAACAGUUUAUUGUACCCCUUGGUCCGAUAGGGGCGUUGAGGUAAAGCUAAAUAUCUAGCUCCUAUACCUCGUGUUUCUUUAAAAAAAAUUGUUAAGAAAAAGUUGUGUUAAUUUAAAAAGUGUCGAGUUUAAAAAUGCCACUACAAAAAAUAGAACGAAACGUUCAUACAGCGUAUGAUACAUGGGUACUUAAAAAUAUGAGUGAAAAAUUCGCAAAAGUAAAUCCGGAACCUAUGUAUGAUGAUUCCGUUAAGGCGAUUCACUACUUUUCUAAAAAAUUUGAAGAUAAUGAUAUUAAGUGGUACGUCAAGUUGAAAUUUGCCGAUAAUGAAUUGCGUGGUGGAUUCUUCAUAGAAUUCGACGCUGUGAAACAAUUCGAACCUAAGAAUCAUGUCACCUGUAAUUUUUACCUGGUCGACGCCGACAAAAAUAAGUUUUUCAUUGGACGUAAGAACCGGAAAUUUAAUUCGACAUAUUAUUAUUUUCCUCUAACUAGUUCAUGUAUUUUUAGUAAGAUAAGCAAGUUACCAAACACAAUAGAUAAACUACUUCCAAAUGAUACCAUGACAUUGAAAAUUGAACUCAUCACGUACUUGGAUGAUAAUCCUAUAUUUCCUUUAGAAGACGCAGACUAUAACAUUGAACCAGUUGUUAAUUUAGUGGACAUCUUGAAGUUAUAUCCAUUUCAAAAUGGCGGUGACGUUAAGAUUUAUGUGCAAGGUAUUGAAUUUUCAGUCCAUAAAACUCUUUUAGAAACACGAUGUCCGAAAACAUAUGAAAUUGUUGCUCGUCAUCAACAAAUGUCUGAUGGCAAUGAUAACCAAUUGGUUCUUACGGACAUCAAGCCAGAGAUAUUUCAAAGAGUUUUAGAAUUUAUCUACACUGGGAAAGUCGAGGACUUGGAUGAUCAUGCAGAAUCUUUGCUAGAAGCUGCUUCGCAAUAUGAAUUAAUAGGACUGAAAUAUAUGUGUGAAUUAUCCCUCGUCAACAACUAUCUUACUUACGAAAACUCUAAAGAGGUAAAGGAAUUGGCUCGUCGUUGCAGUGCCACUUCCUUAUUAUUCAACGUAAAUAAAUUAAGAUAUGAUGAAUCUUAUGCGCAAAUGGAUUUUUCUUGUACACCAAGUGGUACAUUAAUAUGCACAACACUCAGUGGAAAAAAGGAGGUGUAUAAAAAUUGUUUUAAAAAUGGUAUACCGAUGGGAAUUAACAUUGUACCAGAGUAGAUUGUCUUUGCAUCACUAGAUAGCAAUGGAUUUAUUCAUCGCAGCAAGAUUUUUCUUUCAUAAAAUUUAAUAUUUUUUAAAUAAAUUUAUCUUUUUGUGCUUAACUUGAGUUUGCAUUUUUCCACUUUUGUUGAGACUUCCAAUAAAAAGUUACAUUAAGAAUUUUCUUUAUUCCAAUUUUUUCAAUUUACAAUUCAAAUUUAUAUUAAAUAUGUUCAAAAAGUUUUAAUUUCAGUCUUUAAUCGAUGUAAAAUAUAAAUUUUGUAAUUUUUCAUUA